AAAGAAGAAAAUAAACAGCCCCGGACGCAUGCGCAGUGGGGGAAGGGCGCGAGGUGGGGUUAAGUUGAGCGGCGACGCAGACGUGUCGAAGGUACCAGAAAGAUCGAAACGGCGGUGCGGGCAGGUUGCUGUGACGGAGGGUCGAUACCUGUGCAGCAGAGUUGCGCAAUCUCUCGAAAAGGAUUCUUCCUCUCAGCUGCUAAGCAAUUUCUGUAGUUUUAAUUCUUACAACUUGCACCACCUGCUGAGACAUCUUUUUUGUCCCUCAGUAUUCACAGUCCCUCAGAUUUGUUCACACUCCCUAGUAUAUAACUGCUUCAGCCUUUUUAGGAUCAGUGUAUCUAUAUGGCUGAGAUGAGGAGGCCACUAUUUGCCCACAUCUGGGAGGAGGAAGAAUGCCUAGAGUACUAUGGGAUGAUUUCCUUGCAUCGAAUGUUUGAGGUGAUUGGCUCCCAGCUCACAGAGAAUGAUAUGGAAGUGCUUUCUUUCCUUCUGGAUGAGACACAGCCCUGGACCCACCCACUGGAUCCUGCCCUUUGGGCUGUGGCAGCAACAGAGGAGGAUGGUUCUGAGACCACCUCACCUGUCUUAGAGAGCUGGAAGAGGAAAAAUCAGCACCGAUGUAAUUUGGCCAAAACUGAUGGUAGUCUUGAGGUUGCUGCAGAUAGGCAGCGGCCCAAGAAUGGUGUCCAGCUGCUUCUGGAGCUAGAAAGGAGGGGGAAAUGUGAUGAAACCAACUUCGUGCAGUUGCUGCAGCUCCUGAGAGUGCUAACAAGGCAUGAUCUACUGCCAUAUGUCACCCUGAAAAGGCAGCGUACAGUUUCUCCUGAGAGAUACACUUAUGGACCAUCUGUCCUGUCAUCAGACCAACAAGUGGACAAUUGUCUCAAUUCAGCCUCUGCAGAACCUCAUCACGAUCAAUGGGAGACAGGCUCCAAUUCCAGCAAAAGAAAGCGAGUAAGCAGAGGCCGAGCAAAGUCUACUGUUCCCCGCAGGCGCCGGGGAGCCAAAGCAGCUUCUGCUCCAAAGCAGGAGAUCCAAACUCCCACCAAAGUGACCUGUGACAUCCGGCUCCGUGUUCGUGCAGAAUACUGUGAGCAUGAGCCUGUCUUACGUCAGAAUGUGAUGUCAAACAAGCAGAACCGACUGGAACGUCAGUUUGAUGUAUUUGGACAGUCCAACACCAUCCUCAAAUCCCGUGAUCUGGGCUCAAUCAUCUGUGACAUCAAGUUUUCAGAGUUGUCCUACCUUGAUGCCUUCUGGAGUGAUUAUAUGAAUGGCUCACUGCUAGAGGCACUGAAGGGAGUCUUCAUUACUGACUCUCUCAAAGAAGCUGUGGGUCAGGAGGCGAUCCGGCUACUAGUCAACGUGGAUGAGGAUGACUAUGAGGAGGGUCGACGUCUGUUGCUUGAGAGUGUUAUUCCUCAAGUCUGGUAACUCCAGCCUUUAGGAAAGUUAAGGGCACUUCCAUUUGUACUCCCUGAUUACCACGGGGCUUAUCCGCAUUGGAUGUAUACUUCAGAAAAAAAGAGACUUUUGGAAAAGGAAUCUUCUUCCUGUUGUGGGCUGGGCUGGAUCUCAGCAACAAGGGGGCUUCGGGGAAUCACAGUUGUGCUGCAGCUUGUCCUCGUGGUGGUCGAAGCAUUGAAAGAGCAGCAGGGAACGGUCUUAAUGGACACUCAGAUGUAGCAGGGAUUGGACGGAGGCACCAUCUCGGUGUGGAGGCCUCUCAUUCUGAAAAGAAAGGGACAUCUUUUGGGAAGAUAACUUUGUCCCACUGAUGAAGUUUGAAGCCCUCCUGGCACAAGUUGGUGUAUACAUCGUGUGCACCAACUAUUUGUGUUAAUUUUUUCACCUCCUUUUUUGCAGAGGUGGGAGUUGACUCAUUCUGCAGAGUUGCAGGCACCCUUUGAAAUCUGGCAGUGCAGCAUCUUGUGUUAAUUAUUCUUUUUUCUAAAAGAAAAGCCCGUAAUUCCCCUCAUAUCUGAUGCUGAGGGCAGAUUUCUUCCCUUUAAUUUAAGAAUACAACCAAGCCCCAUGCUGGGGAACUGAUGACUAUACAAGAGAACACUUGAGUCAUUUUUCUAAGGACACUUUUCAUUUCUGUGGCUAUUUGUAUAUAGUGUAACUAAUAGGGUUUAAAAAAAAAGGGGGUGAAGAAGCAGUUCAGGCAGCAUCUCUGGAUAGAGAAAACUGCUUAGCUGCAGUGGGGAGGGCCAGAGGCCAGAAACAUGUAAUUUAAAAAGUUGUAUUUUUUUUACAAAAAUGAGACUUUUUGACAAAAUUCUUAAUGUAUUGUAUUUGCAAAUGACAAUGACAAUAAAGAAAAGAAUUUGCAA